UACAGCCGUACAGGAAACUAAAAGCUGUUGGAAGUCUCUCCAGUCUUCAGUUGGCGAUGGCGGCAAAGAUCAUAACAUCUCCUUUUGUAGGGGUUGCCGCUUUUGUCACCUUGCUGGCUCUUGUCGCCUUUUACUAUAAGCCACUCUGUAAACAGAGAUUGUUCACUGUUGAAGAAUUGGCUUUAUACAAUGGAACGGAUCAAAGUUUGCCAAUCUUGUUAGGAAUUCUCGGAUCGGUUUUCGAUGUGACGAAAGGGAAGUCUCAUUAUGGUGAGGGUGGGGGUUAUAAUCAUUUUUCUGGAAGAGAUGCCUCACGAGCAUUUGUUUCUGGAAACUUUACAGGGGAUGGGCUCACAGACUCGUUAAGUGGUUUAUCCAGCCAACAGGUGAAGAGUAUUGUUGAAUGGAGGGAUUUCUACGUUAGAACCUACAAAUUUGUUGGUAAGCUAGUUGGUCGGUACUAUGAUACCAAAGGAAAUCCUACAAAGUAUUUGAAGGGAGUUGAAGCAAAGGCUGCAAGAGGUGCACAGCUAUUGAAGAAACAGGAGAUUGAAGAAGCUAAGCAACCUUGUUGUAAUUCAAGGUGGAGUCAGGACGAAGGCGGAGAGGUAUGGUGUGAUGUGGGAGUGCCACGGUUAGUUCAGAGGCCACUAGAAAUUGCUUUGACCGGGAAAAUGAGCAAGCGAUGUGCGUGCUUUAAAGAGGAUCAACUGAGCCAACCAGGGUUGGAAGUCUACGAAGGAUGUGAUCAUCUUGCCAAGACCUGCCGAGUGUAACUAUGUUCCAUUGCAGAACUUCCAUCUUAGAGAGUUAACCGAACUCCUUUUAGGCUUCUUCAUAGAUGUCAAUUUCAAUGUUUCCUAAAAGGGGUUGAACAAGGCGGGAUGAACCGAAGCCAGGUGAAAAAAGAGACAUAGAAGUGGUGGCCAAGUCUCUGCUCGCUGUGCGCAUAUGUGCAAUGUCAACGUUGACAUAUACCUCAGAAUGAAUUUUGAAUUUCCUGUAUUCUGUUUUGUUUUGUAAAUUGUGUGAAUGCUCGAAUGCACAUCUAUACAAUGUUACUUUUGUGUAA